CAUUAGGCUGCAUCGUAACAACAAAGUACGGAUGAAGAAACAUUGUAUCGGCGUUUAUUCAACCCUGACUGAACGUUUGGCACUCGAACGCACCCCUUGCGAUGGACAGUUCAGACCAAAUGCAAUAAUAUAAACAAAUAGACCCUAAUCUAUUGUUUUCUAGCCUCACCUGGGCUAUUGACUUUUCUAUUAUCAGCUUCAUAUGGCGUUGAUCAUCAGCGGGACCCAUCUAGGAGAACAGUGAGAUCAUCUGAGCCCGUUACAGUCAGAUAUGGCAGUGAGCACUACAGAGCCGCUCUGUCAGCCCUGCGUUUACCAUGAAGCGUUCAAAGUGGAGCUACAGGUGAAGAGACCCCUGAUGCCCGUCCAGCUGAGUCCAGAGCAGGUGGGCCUGGAGAUGUUGUGUCUUUGUGGGCAACUGGACCUCCUCGUCAGGGCACAGAUGCAGCAGUUCCAGGAGCAGUUAGGACAAGGCUGUAGCCCAGAGGAGUCAGACACUUUCCAGGCCCAAGGAUCAGAGAUUCUUGACCAGAUGCUGCAGUGCCUUGAACAUCUACCAAAGCCUAUGCCACAGCUGGAGGACUACCUGGACAUGGUGGGUCUAUCAGUGAUGUUUCCUCGUGUAGAGGUGUUCCUCAUUCAAGGCAGCCCAGUGGACAUGCUGGAGAGGCCGCCAAUGGACGAAUACUUCUUCCACAUUGCCAAACUGAACCAGCUCCUGGUGCUGAGUCAGCAGCUAGAAGAAGAUAUCAGGCACCUUGGGAGUCAUAAAUACAUCGCCCACCAGCUCUCGGUUAUAUAUCAAGUCAUCAGCUCUUUCAGAGGAAUUCAGGCUUUCUCUGAAAUAAAGAAAGAUAUUGAGGCCAACUUCAAGCAGAUGAAACAGUGUCUAGCUGUAGAGGAAGGCUCCAGGCAUGAACCUCAGCUGGCCGCUCACUACAUCAGCUGGAUAUUAGAAAUAACUCAAAGCGUGACAUCGGUGGUGUUGUCACUGCCGGAGGAGCUGACAGAAGACCUUCACCAGGCUGUGACCUUUGUGUCACAGUUCCUGUCCUGACUCACCCUGUCGAAGCGCCUCUGUGUGUCCUGACGUUUGGAAAACCGGGUUUCUCCAGGAGUCUCCUGCUUCUAAAUAAACUGAUGUUGUUACGACUGUAAAAAGGUGCUACACAACUUGAUUCAGCUGACGUGGGAUUGGAUGACCUACUUCUUUUACACCUAGGUUUUUAUAUUGUCCUCCUGAAUGUGGCCCAUGUUAGUCUCUGUGGUGAGUCAGUUGUUUGGAAAUGAAUGUAAGCUUGUUGACUCCCUCCUUGCACUACUGUUAUAACUACUGUUAUAAUUUUAUUUUAUUUUUUAACCUAAAGUGGAAUAAUAAAAUUUAAUGCAAUAGGGAAA